AUGUUGGUCAGCUUGCUCACUCUGGCCGCCCUUGCUGGGGCGGCUUUUGGAUCGCCUCUCAGAAGGAACAACCUGACCGAUACUCCGUCGGUGAACUUGGGAUAUGAGAUCCAUACGGCUACCACGAAUUCGUCUGGUGGCUACUACAUCUUCUCCAACAUCCCCUACGCGGAGCAGCCUACCGGUGACCUGCGGUUCCACACCGUUGGCCUCCCUCAGGGGAACAGCUCUGGUGUCAACAACGGCUUGGAGGACAUGAUUUGCAUGCAGUCGUAUCCCAAGUGGAUUAUUGAGCUCACGGCUCAGUCGAACGGCGUAUCGACCGAGGUGAUGGAGCAGAUUAUGCUCUCCCAGGCAGGACAGACCGAGGCCUGUUUGGCGCUUGAUGUUCAUGUACCUACCGACGUCUUCGAGAAAAAUACGACAGAACAAGCACCUGUCCUGGUAUGGAUUCACGGUGGUGGCUUCACGUCCGGAUCCAAGACCUCGGUAGGAAGCCCGGCUGGCAUUAUCGCGCGCUCAAAGCUCAACGACAACGAGGGUGUCAUUGUUGUAUCGAUCAACUAUCGUCUUGGCCUGUUCGGCUGGCUUGGCGCUGGCGGUAUUACCCCUAACCUCGGUCUCUACGACCAACGCGUCGCCCUGGAAUGGGUCCAGAAGUAUAUCGGUCGCUUUGGAGGAGACGCAGCUCGUGUCACCACGAUUGGCGAGAGUGCUGGUGCAACAAGCAUCCUUCACCACAUUACAGCCUACGGCGGAGAAGGCUCGCUCCCCUUCGCUCAGGGCAUCAUCCAGUCUCCGGCCUUCCAAUUCAACCUCAACCUGACAGACGCUUACGAGGCUACACUGACUGAGGCGACAAAUGCCACUGGAAAAGCCAUCACAAACGCCUCCGAGCUCGCCUCCCUGGACUCCGAGACGCUGAAAGCCAUCAACUUCGGCGCCGUCAAGGCAGCACCCCAAGGCCAGUUUACAUACGGCCCAGCCCCUGACAGAACCUACGUGCCCGCCCUUCCCCAGGUCCUCCUCGCGCAAGGCAAUUUUCACUCAAAUGUCAACGUCAUGGCGGCACACAACUCGUUCGAAGCCGCCCCCUUCGUGCCCUCCACCAUCGCCAGCGAGGAAGACCUGAUCCAGGCGCUCACGGCCAGCUUCCCCGAGAUCGCGAACAUGACGCACGUCCUCGACACGCUGUACCCGGCGUCCGACUACCAAAACGACUUCCUCCGAGGCGUGCAGCUCGUCAGCGACGUCGACUUUAGCUGUACGACGCGGUAUCUCGCCCUCGCCCUCGGCAACCAGACGUACAACUACAUCUUCGCGGUGCCACCGGGCUACCACGCCCAGGACACUUCGUACACCUUCUUCAAUGGUGACACCAGCACCCUUAAUGACGGCGUCGCCGUCGACGCGAACCUGGCGGCCGCGCUGCAGGACUACAUCGUCGGCUUCGCGGCUACGGGUGUGCCAGACGACAACCCGGCCGGCACGGCGCCCGAGUUCCCCGUCUACGGGGAGGACGCGGCUGUGGCCCGGAUCACAGCUGAGGGCGUUGUUGCUGGGACGGAUGAUACGGCUAAUGAGAGGUGUGCUUGGUGGCAGCAGGCUAUGGUUGAGGGAAUUGUAUAG